CAAGGCCGCGGGGUUUGGUUGCACACAGGCUGCAGUUUCAGUUUGUUUUAUUCACCAUUUUGAGUAGCUGAAGGUAAAAAAAAUUAAGAAUAUUUGCGUGUGGAGGACAAGCCGCUGCCGUACUUUUAUUUUCACGCGCUAGCUCGGACGGUGGAGUCGUGCGUCAACCUCGGUCCCCUCGGUGUUUUGCAGAGCGGGAAUCUAUAUUUCUUUUUUUCCCCCUGUGCUUUUUCUUCUCCCCCCUUUCUUACAUCCUUAACCUCUACAGUAUUCCUGCAAAAUGUCAAGACCAGUGAGGAACAGGAAAGUGGUGAACUACUCACAAUUCAAUGAGUCGGAUGAUGCAGAUGAGGAGUAUGGUGACAGUAAGCCUAAGAAGGUGCGCACAGCCCCUCGUGAGCCCAAGCACAAGCGCUCAAAGAACUCACAGGAUGACAGUGAGGAGUCUGAUGAAAAGCUCUCCAAAUCCAAAAAUGAUUCAGCAGACUUUGGCAGCGAUGAAGAAGACAAUGACUUUGGAGAGGAGGAGGAUGAAGAUGGAGGAAGUGACUAUGAAGAAAAAAGAGGGAAAAAGGCAAAGAAAGCCAAGCCUGAGAAGCCCGCUAAGAGGGGGCCAAAGAGAAAACGGGCUGCAGAUGACAGUGAUGAUGACAGGGAAGUGAGUCGAAAGCGUACAGUGCGCCAGGCGGCCUCCAAGGCCGUGUCCAAACAGAGGGAGAUCCUGCUGGGCGACGGGGGAAGCGAGGAUGAAGAGCACGAAGACCAAGAGGAACCCUACAUGGACCCUGAUGAGUCCGGCAGCGAUGAGGACUUCAUGGUGGAGGAUGAUGAUGACAGUGACUAUGGUCACUCCAAGAAAAGAGGCAAGAAGGUGAUUCGACGGGGAAGGCCAGACAAGAAGGAGAAGAAGAGCCCCAAACCUCGACUAAAGGCCACAGUGACCCCCAGCCCAAUGAAAGGAAAGGGGAAGGGGCGCCCCAGCACCAAGGCUGUUGAGAAAAGUUCACCCAAAGAGGAGGAAGAGGAGGACCCUGAGAGUCCCCUGGAGGAAGAGGAGGAGGAGGCUGAGAAGAAAGAGUCCUCCCCUGCCCCCAAGACGACAAAGGAGGCCGCAGGAGGAGAUGAGGAAGAGGAAGACGAAGAGGAGGAGGACGGCUCGGAAGAGGAGGCACCCUCUGGAGAAGACUAGAAGAUGGUACCUGCUGAAGUCCAUCCUCCAUGUCUCUGUCUCUUCUCAAAGUUUUUGUUUUCUUUGUUGCUCUGCGUUUAGAGUUGUUUUGUUCCUGUUACUUUUUUUUUUUUUUCCUCCUGGUGGCCUGGCUCAAUGGUUUGGACUCUGUGUGCUUUUUCUUGUUUUGCUUCAUCCCCCUCCAACCAAGACAUUGUGCUCAUGUGACCAUUUGGUGUAUAUAAAGAGUUUUUAAUUUUUAACACCAGAGUCACAACAUUCAGCCUUACACACCUUCCCAUCUUUAUCAUUUACACUCUGCAUUUUAGUGAAAAUCCAAACAAAGAGCGCAGUGCUAGUGAGCAUCCGUCCUCAGUGUGAACAGACUAGUUCACUUGUGUUUUUCUUUUUUUUUUCUCCCUUGGGAUUAUCAGUGGUCAUAUAUGACUGGUCAAUUUUUUUUUUCCUGUUUGUUUGACCUCAUCUGUGAUUACAGGGAAAAUAGCUCAGAGCCUCUCAGUAUCAGUAACUAAAGCGCUGUAUUUACAAAGCGACGUUGAGUCAACACGCGCCGGGCUGAAGUCUUCACCCUCUCUUUGGUACUUUGUGCUUUUAAACUAGGAGCAUGUUUUAACAGGGCAACAUUAGUCAGCUCGUUGAUUAAAAACCUGUCGAAUUGUUCUCUCGGUUGAAGCAGCUUCUUUUAAUUUUAUUUUUAAACAUCACCCUGCUUGUUUCAUAUUACACUAGUGCCCUGACCUCUUGUUGUGGGCCUGUGUGGAGAUAAAAUAAAGCUUGUUAUUUUGAAAAGUAUUCCACUUGUAGCGGCUGCUUCAUGUACCAGUUCCAAUAGUUAAAGGUGUGUUCUUUAGACGGCGGCGUGGUGAGCCACGGCUGAGUGUUUGCUUCACCCCGGACCACCGCAAACACACAUUUCAAGCCAGCGUGUGUGUGUGUGUGUGUUUAUGUACUUGUUUAAAUUUGUAUGCUUGUGAGAGUACUUCCUGUACUACUUCCUGUAAGAGGGUCUGGCUUUUUUUCUCUCAGCCCAUCAGCUGCCUAUGUGAAACGGUUUUUGUUGUAUGUUGGGCGUUCUAAUGAUGCACCAUGCUACGUGAAGCGACCCCACCCCUUCCAACACAAAAUCCCCACCUCCCUGCAUGGCUACAGCAUCUUCUCAACAUUCAACCCCUUGUGCCAGGCACCCCUAAAUCUUUUUUUUUUUCUUUUUUUUAAGAAAUGCAAGAAGAGAUGUUUCUUUUUUUUUCUUUUGAGAGUUAAAAAAAAUGAAUGUCGUUUUUCUCCUGUUGGUUCAUUGUUCUAAUUCUCUAUUCAGAUUUUUUUUGUAAUGUUUGUUUUUUAAGAAAAGAAAUAAAAUGUAUCUUGAUUUUAAAGAAAAAAA